ACCAUUGCUGGCCGACAUUGACUCGUCUCCUCCACCGGACCCGGCCUGGCCACGAGGCGGCAGCUAGCUCGGCUGCUCCGCUCGCCGAUGGACACCCCGGCGGCCCCCUCCAGGGGCCCCGCGAGCUUCGUCACGCAGGCCAACGCCCUCCUCCGCAAGAACCUCUGCUUCCAGAAGCGGAACCUCAAGACCAACGUCGGCAUCACGCUCUUCCCGGUGCUCCUCUGCGUGAUCCUCGUCCUGAUCCAGGGCGUCAUCGACCGGGAGCUCGACAAGCCCAAGUACCGCUGCGGCUGCGCCUGCGUCGACCCGGGCCCCGCCGCGGCCGGCGACGUGUGCCGCCGGACCGAGUGCGGCGCCCAGCACUCCACGCUGGACCAGGUCGGGAGCUGCCCGAUCCCCAGCCCGACCCCGUGGCCGGCGCUCGUGCAGCUGCCGCGCCCCGAGUCGCGCGCCGUCAGGACCGACGGCCAGCCGUUCGACGGUUUGCCUGACCCGACCUGCCGGGGCACCAGCACCUGCCCCGCCACCGUCCUCUUCACCGGCAACAACCGCUCGCUUGCUCAAAGUCUUUCGGGUGAACUGUUUCCUUCUUUGACUUCCUCGUUCAAUAUCACGGAUUAUCUUGAUGCGCUCUCCAAGAUUGUCGCUGGUUCAGACACAUGGACGUGGACAACACAGUCAAUUGAGCCGGUGUUUAUACCAGGGAAAACUUUGUAUCUGGUGCAGCCUCGGUGUAUAUCCAAUCUGUCGCAGACAGUUUCGUCCAAUGCCGGGGCCAUACCCCUUCAGCUCAAUGUAGACUGCGUUCAGGGUUUAUCAUUAUGGCGUGAAAGUGCAUCGAUUGUAAAUGAUGAAUUAUUUAAGGGUUACAGACAACAAGGUGGAGGUGGUGUAGGAGGAAAGACUAACGAAUUUGUUGCAGGUUAUGACUUCCUGAACACAAAUAGGAAUGGUCUUGAAAUAAAUAUUUGGUACAACUCUACUUAUAGCAACAACACUGCCUAUGUACCUAUCGCAUUACUACGAGUUCCACGGUUGGUUAAUACGGCAUCCAAUGCAUAUAUCAAAUUUCUUAGAGGAAGUGGAGUAGACAUGUUGCUUGAAUAUGUUAAGGAGAUGCCCAAAGUAGGAACGAAACCAAACUUUGAUCUCUCGUCACUUCUUGGUCCACUGUUCUUCACAUGGAUCAUUGAACUGCUAUUUCCAGUCAUAUUAACAUAUCUCGUGUAUGAGAAGCAACAGAAGCUGAAAAUUAUGAUGAAGAUGCAUGGUCUGAAGGAUGGUCCUUACUGGCUUAUCUCUUAUGCAUACUUCUUUGCUCUAUCGGCAACCUACAUGAUACUAUUUUUGAUUUUUGGCUCUUUGAUCGGUCUACAUUUCUUUAGAAGAAAUGCCUACAGCAUUCAGAUAGUCUUCUACUUCAUCUACAUAAACCUUCAGAUUGCACUUGCAUUUUUUGUCGCUUCCUUCUUUUCUGCAGUCAAAAUAGCCACAGUGGUUGGUUACAUCUAUGUAUUUGGCUCUGGCUUGCUAGGGGAUUUUCUUCUUCGCUUUUUUGUUGAGGAUACUAGUUUUCCAAAUGGUUGGAUAGUUGUAAUGGAGAUUAUCCCUGGAUUUUCAUUGUACCGAGGAUUAUACGAGUUUGGUCAAUAUGCAUUCGCUGGAAAUGCAAUGGGGGCUGAUGGUAUGAAAUGGGCCAACUUAGAUGAUCCACACAACGGAAUGCGUGGUGUCUUGAUUAUUAUGGUUGUGGAGUGGGCCAUCCUGCUCCCAUUGGCAUUCUAUGUGGAUCAAGUCUCGUCACUGGGUGGUGGAUUCCAGAAAAAUUCCUUAUUCUUUUUGCAGUGCUUUAAGAAACGUUCUCUAUCAUUGCGGAGAUAUAGCUUUGGAAGGCAAGGAUCUAAAGUAGUCGUUGAAAUGGAUAAUCCUGAUGCUGCUCAAGAGAGAGAGGUGGUCGAGCAACUUCUGCUAGAACCCAUUGCAAACCAAGCGAUCCUAUCUGACAACCUCAGGAAGGUUUACCAUGGAAAAGAUGGAAAUCCUGACAAACUUGCAGUCCGAGGCUUGUCUCUUGCCAUACCAAAAGGCCAGUGUUUUGGAAUGCUUGGCCCGAAUGGAGCUGGGAAAACAUCCUUCAUCAGCAUGAUGAUUGGGCUUGUUCCACCAACAUCUGGCACUGCCUAUAUACACGGAAUGGAUAUAAAGACUGAUAUGGAUGCCAUCUAUGCUAACAUGGGUGUUUGCCCACAGCAUGAUUUGCUUUGGGAAACAUUGACUGGAAGAGAGCAUCUCUUGUUUUAUGGCAGACUAAAGAAUCUUAAAGGCACUGAACUGUUAAAGGCUGUUGAUGACUCUCUGAAGAGUGUUAAUCUGUUUCAUGGUGGUGUUGGUGAUAAGCAAGUGGGGAAGUACAGUGGGGGCAUGAAACGAAGGCUUAGUGUCGCUAUCUCAUUAAUUGGGGAUCCAAAAGUUGUUUUCAUGGAUGAGCCGAGCACUGGACUAGAUCCAGCAUCAAGAAACAACCUGUGGAGUGUUGUAAAGGAGGCUAAGAAAAACCGUGCCAUCAUUCUUACAACACACUCAAUGGAGGAGGCAGAAGUACUAUGUGAUAGACUUGGAAUAUUUGUGGAUGGUGGUUUCCAAUGCAUUGGUAACCCAAAAGAGCUGAAAGCAAGAUAUGGUGGCACCUACGUGCUCACAAUGACAACAUCUUCGGAGAAUGAGCAGGAGGUUGAACAGCUGGUUCACCGCCUGUCACCGAAUGCAAGCAGGAUAUACCAUAUAUCAGGAACCCAGAAAUUCGAGCUACCAAAGCAGGAGUUGAAGAUUGCAGAUGUAUUCCAUGCCGUUGAAAGUGCAAAAAGCCGAUUCAGCAUAUAUGCUUGGGGCCUGGUUGACACCACUAUGGAGGAUGUUUUCAUCAAGGUUGCCAAGGGUGCACAAGCCUUCAGUGUGGUAGCAUAAAUAGUACACUGGAUGUAUAGGUGAUUAUGCUCUUGUUGAGUGCUAACUGGUGUGUAGCUUGUCUGAACUUUUGUUUUAGUCUUGUUUAAGGAUUGUGCUUGAGGUGUAUAUUUAGUAAAUAGCUAGGUUGUAUAGUCUAGAAGCUGAAUUUCAUCUUAUUGCUGUUUAUCAAAUACAGAUGUACUCUUUUCAUAUUA